UGGCGGUGGCGGUGGUGGGGGCGAGGGCGGGGACGAAGGUGCUGAUUCAAAGGCUCUGAAGCAGAGAGAGAGAGCGCGAGCGCGCGCGCGUGUGGGAACAUUCUGAGAUAGGCUGGCCUUGUGUGUUUGUGUUGUUGUGGUGGCUGUCAAAGGUGAAGAGGAACAGCUCAUCUCUUUGAAGGUGAUCUUUUCGGUUCGGUUCGGUGGUUUCUGUGAUGUGUGGGGCUUUAUGAAGAUAUAGUGCAAUUCAUGCACUGAACUUUAUGUUUGUUGUGGUGCCCCAUUUCAGAUCUCUCACCGUAUUGGGCCACCAUCCCUCCCCUUCCAAGUUUUCUGCUUGUAUUCCUCUCCUUGUCCUUCAAUCCUACUCUGCUCUCUCAAUAUUCCCCUUUGGCACGCUUCAGUUCCGAUUCAUUUCUUUUCUUUCAUCUCCUGUUGUUACCUUUUGCCUAUUUCCCUGCCGCUUUAUGCUUACUCUUUCUGUUUUACAUCUUCGGAUUCUGCGAUAUUCACUGGCUUGAUUUCUCUGCAGGUUCUAUGGCUCUAAUGGAGAGACACAGCUGAAACGUGGCUAGUAAAGGAAUGUUGAUCAUAGGAUUUGGGGUUCUAAAUUCUAAAACUGUGUUGACCAGAAAAGGGUCUAGCUUGCUCAUGUCUUCACACUGUUGGGAAUAACAAAGAGAGAAGGAAGAAGGCAAAUCUCUAGACAAACAUAAAAUAAAUAUACGCUAGACGGUGGUGUCAGUUUUGAACAAGUGGGCGUGUCUCUGGUUUUGAGAAAUUUAUAUAAGUUCGAGGUACUCUGUUGGCAAUGUCCCCCUAACAUGACCAUAUUUGCCGGACUCGUUGGGGUGUGUUACCGAUUUAGUAAGCAAUCUCUUCUUUGAGUCCCUUCCAUUCCAAGUGAAAUAAAAUAUACACACAAACCCCCUCCACCUCCUCUUACUGGCCUUGGCUUCUGGGAAAGAUUCGGUCAUACUAGGAAAUCAUACCCACAAUUCUAUUUGAUGCAUCUUCCAUCACCCUGAAUUUUUCUAACUUACUCAUAUUCCUUCGUUAUAUCCAUACGCUCCGGUUUGAGUUUCAUAGCCGGAGAGUCGCUUCUUGGAUUACCGGCGGCGAUAGCUGAACCUAGGGAUUGGAUCCAAUAGGGACAACGGACCCACUUAUACUUUGCUUCAGCCAAGAUGAAGUUUAUGAAACUUGGAUCUAAGCCUGAUUCUUUCCAGACUGAUGUCGAUAAUAUCAGGUAUGUGGCAACUGAGUUGGCAACUGACAUAGUCAUUAAUGUUGGAGAUGUAAAGUUUUAUCUCCAUAAGUUUCCCCUUUUGUCCAAAAGUGCACGCAUGCAAAAGCUGGUUGCAAACACCAACGAGGAGAACAACAAUGAAGUCAGCAUCCAUGACAUUCCCGGAGGUCCUGCUGCUUUUGAAAUAUGUGCGAAGUUCUGUUAUAGUAUGACGGUCACUCUCAAUGCUUACAAUGUUGUUGCGGCUCGUUGUGCAGCAGAAUAUCUUGAAAUGUAUGAAACAGUUGAAAAAGGUAACCUUAUCUACAAGAUUGAAGUUUUCCUCAACUCGAGCAUUUUCAGGAGCUGGAAAGACUCAAUUAUUGUUCUGCAAACCUCCAAGUGUCUUCUUCCGUGGUCCGAGGAGCUUAAGGUAGUAAGCCACUGCCUCGAUUCAAUAGCUAACAAGGCUUUAAUGGAUCCAUCUAAGGUGGAGUGGUCAUACACAUAUAACAGAAAAAAGCUCUCACAUGAAAAUGGUAAUGAUCCUCAUUGGAAUGGUGUCAGGAAGCAGCAGAUGGUUCCAAAGGACUGGUGGGUGGAAGACCUCUGUGAGCUCCAACUUGAUCCCUAUAAGCGCGUCAUAACUACAAUUAUAACCAAGGGCAAUGUUUCCAGUGCUGUGAUCGGAGAAGCUCUAAGUGCAUAUGUUUCAAGACGGUUGCCGGGUUUUCACAAGGGUGUGAUCCAGGGUGGUGAUGUCAUGAAGUAUAGAUUAGUCUUGGAGACAAUUAUUCAACUACUACCAGUGGAGACAGCCAGUAUCUCCUGCAGUUUCUUGUUGAAGUUACUGAGAGCAGCUAUUCUAUUGGAAUGUGAAGAGCUGGAGAGAGCAGAAUUGAUGGGGAGAAUAGGCCAGCACCUUGAUGAGGCUACAGUGGCUGAUCUCUUGUUUCGGGCACCAGCUGGUGAGACAACUAUGUUUGAUGUUGAUACAGUGCAAAGGCUAGUUGAAGAGUUUGUGGCACAUGAACGGAAUGCACAGUCUGAUUCUCCAAUGGAAGAUGAAUUGCAGGAGAUCAAAAGGCCCAGGAUAAUAUCAGAGACGUCUAAGGUUAAGGUAGCAAAACUGGUGGAUGGCUACCUCGCUGAGAUUGCUCGUGAUCCAAAUUUGACUGUUUCAAAAUUUGUUAAUCUUGCUGAGUUGGUAUCGAACUUUUCAGCACCAUGUCAUGAUGGCCUUUAUCGUGCGAUUGACAUGUAUUUAAAGGAACAUCCCGGAAUGAGCAAGAGCGAUGGGAAAAGAAUAUGUAGGUUGAUGGAUUGCAGGAAGUUAUCUGCAGAAGCCUGCAUGCAUGCAGUGCAGAAUGAGAGGCUUCCCUUGCGUGUUGUUGUGCAGGUUCUCUUUUUCGAGCAGCUGAGAGCUUCCACGGCAUCAUCAGGGCAGAACACGCCUGAUCUGCCAGGGUCUGUUAGCGCCUUGCUUCCUGGUGGGUUUCAUGGUAGCUCAAGGUCUACGACAACCAAUACUGAAGAUGAAUGGGAUGGCACGGCAGAAGACAUAAAGGUUCUCAAAGGGGACCUUGCUACAAUGAAGUUAUCAAGAGGAGACAGCGGACGAGGUAGUGAUAUAAACAGCAACGAUAGUGGUAAAUGCAAUGGUGAAAAAGUUGCUGCAAGCAAAACGAAAGGUUUCCGUAUAUCAAAGAAAAUAUUUUCUAAGAUUUGGUCAGGCAAAGAAAGAAAUGGCGAGAUCACUAGCUCUGAUACCUCUGAAAGCCCUGCUUCUACUGUAGUUGAGGAAACAAAGUCCACCCCGUCCAGAAGUAGGAGGCACUCUGUAUCUUAAAAACGCUUGGUAAUAUAUUCAGUCGUAUGUGUAAUCGUCUCACUCUAAGGUAGCAGUAGGAGCUAGAGCUUACUGACAUCUGGCACUUGAUUCAUCAACGGAAGACUUGGGAAGCAUGAAGCACCGGGAAAGUUAUUUUUUCCUGUUGUAUGUGGAUGUAUAACUUUCCCAGAGAUGCAUUUUCCGAUUAGUCAAUGUUGUCUUGUUCUAUCUUUGUUGAAAUAGGGAGGGGCCAUAACAGUGACCCGGUUUUGCUGUGCCAUAAUGAAAGGGAAUGUCACUUCUGCUUUGUA